AUGUUCUUCUCAAUCACUGUAUCGCUAGCCCUUCUCAUUCCCACUUACGCGGCGCCAUACGUCUCCCUCUACCGGCGACUGGACGCGAGCGCCCUCCGCCAGAACGGUCUCGACGCGCAGGCGCAGAAUCAGAACUUCACAUCUUUGACAGCAGACUCUUCAUGCACGGAGGGCACCAACGCUUGUGUGAACAACGCGUUUGCGCAGUGCGUCGGUGGCUCCUUUGUGCUUCAGCCGUGCAGCGGCGGAGAGAUCUGUGCUGCUCUUCCCCUCGUGAACUCUGCAGGCACCUCCAUUACUUGCACUACGACCGCUGAUCGCGAUGCGCGCAUCCAAUCCGCGCUUGGCUCCGACUCCUCUUCAUCGGGAGCCACCACAGCCGCGGGCUCCUCCGCUACCAGCGCUGCGACUUCCUCUUCCGCGGCUGCCGCAUCCACCUCCACAUCAAAGUCACCUGGCUCGAACAACUCUGGUGAUCUACAAACCUCCAUGACACUUGACGCCUCCCUCGUCGGCUCAAACCUCGCAAAGGACGGCACGACCGCCUCAGGCGGCGAGACGCCGUCGCUCACCUCGACGAACAACUUCAUCAACUUCUGUGCCAACUUCACUUCUACGCCUAUCACCAACGGCCAGCAAGUCAAGACGGGCUCGUGCAACCCCGUCCCGAUGGGCCAGAUCGCGGCCAACAGCAACAUGCCGCAGUGCAAGUUCGUGCAUCCGGUCAACAUGGGCACUGUCAAGGCGAACCAAGACUUCACUGUGACCAUGGCCAUCAAGAACCUCGACACUGGGUUCUUCACCAACCCCGACACGAACUACUACUCGGCGCCGCAGCAGAUCAACGCUGAUACGGGCAACAUCCGCGGACACUCGCACUUCGUCAUCGAGGCGCUCGACGCGAUCAACCAGACCACCCCGCUCGACAACACCAAGUUUGCUUACUUUGCUGGCGUCAACUCGCCAGCUGUGGAUGGGAAGCUGAACGUCACGGUUAGCGGUGGCUUGCCGAAGGGCGCGUACAGACUCGCGAGCAUCAACUCUGCGAUGAACCACCAGCCCGUUCUCGUUGCGGAGGCGCAGCGUGGCGCUGUUGAUGACAUGAUCUACUUUACGGCUGUCUAA